UGAUCUCUCGCAUUGGGCACUCAAACCCCACAAAAAAAGCUCUCUCUCUCUCUCUCUCUCUCUCUCCCUCCCUCAGACCCUCUCUCUGUCUCUGUCUCUGUCUCUGUCUUUGUUCUAUCCAAAUCUUCCUCAAUCUCUCUUUUGUACAAAAAUUCUAUUUUCGAUUUUUUAUUUUAGUUUGUUUAUAUGCGAUCAAUUUUUGACCUCAUAUAAUCGUUAUAUAUUAAAAACAAAUUUCAUUCAGUAUUUACCAUUCUCGUCCUUCUAUACACACAGAGACACAAGAAUCGAUUUGGGGGUCUUUUGAUUUAUUUUGGUUUUUUUAGGGUUAGGGUUAGGGUUCUCGCUUUCGCUUCUUGACCGAUCGGAUUAUUAUGGGUGCGGAGGGUGAUUCCAGCCAGCCGAGAUUGAGUGGCGGGGGAGAAGAAGAGCAACAAGUGGUGGUGAUCAAUAUCCGCUGCUCCAACGGUUCGAAGUUUACGGUACGGACGAGCCUCGUGUCCCCGGUUAGCGCAUUCAAAGCGGUUCUUGCUCAGAAUUGCGAUGUCCCAGCUGAUCAGCAGAGAUUGAUUUACAAAGGUCGUAUCUUGAAAGACGACCAGACCCUAGAAAGCUAUGGUUUGCAGGCAGAACACACUGUUCACAUGGUUCGUGGGUUUGCUUCAGCUGCUUCAACGCCUGCUGCUGCAAAUGCUAAUGCUACUGCUGCUGCUAAUACUGGAAGCCCCAACAAUGCACCAGGUGUUACACGGGGUGUUGGUUCAAAUGAAGGCGGGGGCUUGGGAAAUGCUGGUCUUGCUGCAUCUUUAUUUCCUGGACUUGGUCUCAGUGCGCUAGGCAGUGGAGAGGCAUCUGGUUUAUUUGGAGCUGGAUUGCCGGAAUUUGAACAAGUCCAGCAACAACUGACUGAGAACCCAAACAUGAUGAGGGAAAUAAUGAACAUGCCCGCCAUUCAGGGCCUAAUGAACAACCCUGACUUAAUGCGAAGCUUGAUUAUGAGCAAUCCUCAGAUGCGUGAGAUCAUUGACCGGAAUCCAGAGCUUGCUCACGUACUUAAUGACCCUGGCAUUCUCCGACAGACAAUAGAAGCUGCGAGGAACCCUGAGCUCAUGCGUGAGAUGAUGCGAAACACUGACAGGGCAAUGAGUAACAUUGAAUCUUCCCCUGAGGGGUUUAACAUGCUCAGACGUAUGUAUGAAAAUGUUCAGGAACCGUUUCUGAAUGCUACAACGAUGGGUGGAAACACUGGAAAUGAUUUGGGUUCAAACCCGUUUGCAGCACUUUUGUCAAACCAAGGUGCGACCCAAGUCAGGGAUGGUUCUAAUAACCCUUCAACUACUGGUUCUGAAACAACUCCAGGGCUUAGUUCUCCAAAUACAAACCCACUCCCAAAUCCUUGGAGCAAUACAGUUGGUGGUACUCAGACAACAACUGCAAGGCCAAAUCCUGCUGGGGAUACAAGGGCCCCUGGAAUUGGUGGCCGUGGAGGGCUUGGUCUCCCGGAUAUGGAAAACAUGUUUAAUGGCAUCUCAGAUGCUUCUCUAAUGAAUCAGUUUUUGCAAAAUCCAGCUGUAUCACAGAUGAUGCAAAGCCUGCUCUCCAACCCCCAAUCUAUGAGUCAGAUUCUUAACCUCAACCCGCAACUGCGUGGCAUGGUUGAUACGAAUCCUCAAUUGAGAGAAAUGAUGCAAAAUCCAGAUCUUCUACGUCAGUUAACUAACCCCGAGACGAUGCAGCAAAUGCUAGCUUUACAGCAGUCACUUAUGUCUCGGCUUAAUCAACGGCAAUCAACCCAGGAUCGAGCUCAGACUGGUGGGACUCCAGGAACGCCUAAUAAUGCUGCACUGGAGCUGAUGAUGAACAUGUUUGGUGGUCUUGGAGCUGGCAGCCUGAGUGUUCCAAAUAAUAAUAACCCCGAUGUGGCCCCAGAAGAACUGUAUGCAACCCAACUUUCACAGCUCCAAGAAAUGGGUUUCUUUGAUACUCAGGAGAACAUCAGGGCACUGCGUGCUACGGCUGGGAAUGUCCAUGCUGCGGUAGAGCGACUUUUAGGGAAUCUGGGGCAAUAAUUUUUAGGUUUUACGUUUUUCAUAGAUACUCAUUUGGACUUUUGUAUGAAUAGUAUCUUCCAAAGGCAUGCGAUGUGCAGACAUUCCAUUUUGGGCGUGUUAAUAAGCAAGGACACGCUGUGAUAGAGCUGUGAGCUUGUGGAUUAUAAGCAUAUGUGCGUUACCGGAUUAUUUUGGUGCCUUUCUUGUCUCUCGUGUACAUACACAAUUUUCAUUAUCUUCUUAUGAGACUAUUCCAAUCA